AUGUCUCGCCAAAUUAAGAAUGUUGCUCUUGCCGGGGCAUCUGGCAGCUUGGGCUCGGUCAUCCUGCAAACUCUGGUCAGAGCCGGCCGCUUCAAUGUGACUGUUCUUUCUCGCAGGGCCUUGAGUGACGUGCCCUCCGGGGUUGCCGUGCAGGUGGUCGAUUUCGGAUCCACUUCAGCCUUGACUGAAGCCCUCAAGGGUCAGGAUGCCAUCAUCGAUGCCACCUCGGCCCCCGACCCUUCUGUGGCCAUCCGCUUGACAGAUGCCGCCAUUGUGGCCGGGGUCUAUAGGAUGAUCCCAUCCGAGUUCGGUGUGGACCCAGCCAACGCCAAAGCGCGAGGCCUGGCCGUCUUCCAGGGCAAGGCCAAGGCCCUGGAGCAUAUCCAGAAGCUUGCCGGCGAUGGCAAGAUUACCUGGACGGCCAUCUCCAACAACUCCUUUCUCGAUUGGGGUCUUCGCACGAAAUUUCUCUCCAUUGACCUUGAGAACAAAAGAAUCAGCUACCUGAACGGUGGCAACACGGUCGUUCCGAAUACCACUGUCGCUUCGGUGGCUGCAGCUGUUGCAAACGUUCUCUCCAAGCCCCAAGAGACCAGAAAUCGAAUCUGCUACAUCUGCAACAGACAAAUGACGCAGAGGGAGCUCGCGAAUCUUGCCAAGAGGGCUCUGGGCGACCAAGGCUGGGAGGAGGAGGAUUUGGAUAUGAACCAGGUGUUUGAAAAGGCCAUGGCUCAGCUACGGGCUGGCCAGGUAGACUGGCAGGUUAUGGGUGACAUCGUUAGGUACUCUAUUUCUACACCGGGUUACGUGAAUAGGCUGGAAAAGACGGACAAUGAGCUGUUGGGCGUUGAGGAAAUGAGCGAUGAGGAGGUGAUUGCGCUUAUGAAGGAAAUUGCCAGUGAGAAGACUUCUGCGUGA